ACACCCCCUAGUGCACGUUAGACACAACCACACCUCUUAAUACAUUUCAUUUCAUAACUCGCGCGUAACACUUUUUCUUCAAAAUUGAAAAACCAAAAUCAAAUGCGAUUAACUUCUUCUUCUUCAAUGACACUCGGGUCGGGUUCUAUGAUAUGGUUUCGAAAGGGCAUUCGGAUCCACGAUAACCCAGCACUAGAAUACGCCACACGAGGGUGUUCUAAUCUGUACCCUCUUUUUGUUAUUGAUCCGCAUUACAUGAAACCCGACCCAAAUGCGUUCUCGCCUGGUUCAUCUCGUGCGGGUCUGAACCGGAUAAGUUUCUUGCUUGAGAGUUUGGGUGAUCUUGAUGUUAAUCUUAAGAAGAUUGGUUCGAGAUUGUUGGUGCUUAAGGGUGAUCCCAGUGAAGUUCUUAUUCGGUGCUUGAAACAGUGGAACAUUGGAAAGUUAUGCUUUGAGUAUGACACUGAUCCAUAUUAUCAGGCUUUGGAUAUUAAAGUUAAGGACUAUGCUCUUAAGGCAGGAAUUGAGGUUUUCUCUCCUGUCAGCCACACACUUUUCAAUCCAACAGAUAUUAUACAGAAGAAUGGAGGGAAGCCGCCACUUAGUUAUCAAUCGUUUGUCAACCUUGCAGGAGAACCGCCAUCUCCUCUCGCAACCAAGUAUUCUUCACUUCCUCCAGUUGGCCCUCUUGGAAGUUGUGAUAUUUCUGAAGUUCCAACAAUCAAAGACCUUGGAUAUGAAGAUGAUCAACUGGAGUUCUCUCCGUUCAAAGGCGGUGAAUCAGAAGCAUUGAGGAGAUUGGAAGAAUGCAUGAAAGACAAGACGUGGGUAGCAAACUUUGAGAAACCCAAGGGUAAUCCAUCUGCAUUUCUUAAGCCAGCAACAACUAUUUUAUCACCUUACUUGAAAUUUGGUUGUCUCUCUUCCAGAUAUUUCUACCAAUGCAUUCAAGAUGUAUAUAAAAGUUUGCCAAAGCAUACUUCACCACCUGUUUCUCUGCUAGGACAGUUGUUGUGGCGAGAUUUCUUUUACACUGCAGCUUUUGGGACUCCAAAUUUCGAUAGCAUGAAAGACAAUAGGAUAUGCAAGCAGAUUCCUUGGAAGGACGAUGAUAAACUUUUGGAGGCCUGGAGAGAUGCUAAGACAGGAUUUCCUUGGAUUGACGCUAUCAUGGUCCAGCUACGCCAAUGGGGUUGGAUGCAUCAUUUAGCACGACAUUCUGUUGCAUGUUUUCUAACUCGAGGUGAUCUGUUUGUUCAUUGGGAAAAGGGACGUGAUGUCUUUGAGAGGCUUCUGAUUGAUUCAGAUUGGGCAAUUAAUAAUGGAAACUGGAUGUGGCUCUCAUGUUCAUCUUUCUUUUAUCAGUAUAAUCGUAUUUAUUCGCCAACCACAUUUGGUAAGAAGUAUGACCCUGAUGGUGACUAUAUUAGGCAUUUUCUCCCAGUCUUAAAAGAUAUGCCCAAGGCGUACAUCUAUGAACCAUGGACUGCUCCUCCAAGCAUCCAGACCAAAGCAAAUUGCAUAAUUGGAAAAGACUAUCCAAUGCCAGUUGUUUCUCACGACUCUGCAAGUAAAGAGUGCAAAAGAAAAAUGGGUGAGGCCUAUGCAUUAAGUAAAGCACUGAAUGGUUUAGUUAGUGAAGAUGAUCUGAAAAACUUGAGGAGGAAAUUAGACAAGGGUGAAGAACAAGGAACUAAAUCUAAAAGAUCUAGGCAGCUACUAAUUGGCUGAGGAAUUUUUUAUUGGUUUAUUAUGCAAGCUUGGAACAUUGCUUAGCAUUUUCAUGACAUUUUGCAUAUAUGUAUAUAAUGUAGUGCAUAUUAAUAUUACCAGUAUCCUAGACUUGUAGGAGUAACUUGAGACCAAUACUAGCACCUGUUGUCAUGUAAGGUCUUAUAUCAUGAAAAAUUAUUCUCCUCACUCUUGUAAUGUAGUGCAAUUCUUAGGGAAUUGAAUUAAUUAUUCCAUAACUCAUGUUAAUGUCACAUACGGCAAAUUAGAUAUAUCACACAGAUUUUGUUUUUAUUUA